GUUACGUAAUCUACCUGUGUUAGGUAGAAGUAGAACUCUUUGGUGGUGGCUUUAUCCCUUCUUCCCCCACAGGCACUCACAAACCAAAAAUGACCGCUACUCUCUUCGUUUUUGUCGUCACGGAAUAGUUUUACAGGGCCCACUCAUUCUAUCAAAUUCGUGAGCCAUGCCUGACUUCUGGCGAAGUUUCAAUUCUAUUUAAUCCCUCCCGCCUCGUCUCUUCGACUAUUCUCUGCACUUUAAUUCCAACAAAACAUGAUGAUGCACAGACUGGUGAGAUUAAGAUCAAUAGCUAAAUCUUCCUCUCAACACCGAGGCGGAGUUGCGGCGUUAUUUUCAACUGCUAUGCUGUUCGAUGAUACUCAAAUACAGUUCAAAGAAAGUGUUGCACAAUUUGCCCAAGAACAUAUUGCUCCUCAUGCGUCAACAAUAGACAAAACAAAUAAUUUCCCACAGGAAGUUAACUUAUGGAAACUAAUGGGGGACUUCAAUCUUCAUGGAAUUACUGCUCCAGUUGAAUAUGGAGGAUUAGGUUUAGGUUAUUUAUAUCACUGCAUAGCUUUGGAGGAGAUUAGUCGUGCAUCAGGAUCAGUUGGAUUAUCCUUUGGUGCCCAUUCUAAUCUUUGUAUUAAUCAAUUGGUGAGAAACGGAAAUGCUGCACAAAAGGAGAAAUAUUUACCCAAGUUAAUUAGUGGGGAUCAUAUUGGAGCUCUUGCAAUGAGUGAACCUAAUGCUGGUUCAGAUGUUGUUGGAAUGAAAUGUAAAGCUGAACGUGUUGAUGGUGGUUAUGUUUUAAAUGGGAACAAGAUGUGGUGCACCAAUGGUCCAACUGCUCAAACUCUGGUGGUUUAUGCUAAAACAGAUGUAGCUGCUCGUUCUAAAGGGAUAACAGCAUUUAUUAUUGAGAAAGGAAUGCCUGGGUUUAGUACUGCUCAAAAGUUGGACAAACUUGGAAUGCGAGGAAGUGAUACAUGCGAGCUUGUUUUUGAUAACUGCUUUGUUCCUAACGAAAAUGUUCUUGGUGAAGAGGGAAAAGGAGUUUAUGUGUUGAUGUCGGGGUUAGAUUUAGAGAGACUUGUACUCUCGGGUGGACCAAUUGGGAUCAUGCAAGCAUGUCUUGAUGUUGUUCUUCCGUAUGUUCGCCAAAGAGAACAAUUUGGACGCCCAAUUGGAGAGUUUCAAUUAAUGGAGGGGAAAAUUGCAGAUAUGUAUACUUCUCUCCAGUCUUCAAGAUCGUAUACGUAUUCUGUUGCUAGACAAUGUGACAACGGAAUACUUGUUCCAAAGGAUUGUGCGGGUGUUAUACUACUUGCUGCUGAACGAGCUACACAGGUUGCACUUCAGGCGAUUCAGUGUUUGGGUGGGAAUGGGUAUGUGAAUGAGUAUCCGACUGGUCGACUUCUACGGGAUGCUAAAUUAUAUGAGAUUGGUGCGGGAACGAGUGAGAUUAGAAGAAUAAUUGUUGGACGUGAGCUCUUUAAGGAACAAUGAGAAAUCAAUAUUUUUUUCUUUUGUUAUUUAUUUAAUCGUCACGUGUAUAACUUUUUUAAUGCAUGGAGAGUCUAAUUCAUUACAUGACAAAAAUAAAAACCAAAAAUCAUUGAUCGGAA